GUCGCGGAGCUGAGUUUGCAAGGCUGGAGGCAACGUAGGCACCUGGCAGUACCGCAUUGGGAUCGCUUGAUACGCCAGCAAGUCCAGCGCUCUCAAUUGAUAGCCGUCAGAGGCUGGGCCACAGCAUCCCUCGCCGUCAGCGCUUCAGACGCCGGCACAGCAUCCCUCGCCGUCAGCGCAUCAUCAGUGGAAAUGAGCGCCCGCGGCGCACAGAUCGUCGGACGCCUCGCCGGGCGCCGCCGCCUCUCGUCCCCAUCCGGCGGCGGCCGCGGCGCCGGCCGCGGCGGUCGGGGCCGCGGCCGAGGGAAGGGCCGCGCGGCGCGCGGCCGCGGCGGCCGCGGCCGGGGCACGGGCCUCGAGGCGCCGCCCGGUGCCGUCGUCUGGGACGCGCAGGUGCACGACCCGCGGCCGCUCAACCUCGGCUUCGUCCGCGACGCGACGAAGAACGAGAUCCACGCGGCCCACAAGGGCGGCGUGGAGAUAGCGGCCCUGAGCGCCAAGCAUGGUUUGCCCGUGGACCGCAUCAAGGCGAUUUUGAUGCUCAAGGACCUCGAGGACGACGCCAGAGCAGCCGGCACGGUCCACGAGGGCCUCAACAAUGAAUUCGAGCAGCACGCGACCCAAUUCCUCAAGGAAGUGAGCGGGUACUACGGCGUGCCCGUGCCGAACAGCCAUCAUAGAGCGGACACGGACGCGGCGGCGUCGUCCUCUCAAAAGCGCCUCGUGGCCCUCGGCGAGGACGACGACGAGGCGGCCGUGCGCGCGGCGCUCGCGGCGCGCGACGAGGCCGCGGCGGCGGACUCUGAUGGUGUGGCGGCCGAGGAAAUUGUAGAGGUGGCGCCGCGGCCGGCGGAGCCCGGCGCCUUCGUCUUCCGGGACCUCGACGCGGAUACUACAAAAGUCGUGUCCAAGGGCGGCGGCGAGCGCGCCGCCGACGCGGCCGACGAGGCGCACCGGUCCUGGGCGCGCAAGGAGCCGUUCUGGGACGCGCACGCGGCCGAGCGGCGCUGGGCCGAGCGCGGGCGGAAGGAAGGCGUCGAGGAGGCGUCGGCGGCGUCCUCCUCAGAGGGCGUGCAGAGCUAAUAUUUGUGUAACGCACUCGUUCGACACGGGUUUUCCACACAGAAUGGGAGAGGCCAGGCUCUGUUGCAUUUGUUAGCCAUCUUGGCGUAGCGUUUUACUCGAGCAGGCUUGCCACAAGACCAGCAAACCGCGAUAGAAGGAGUUAUAGCUCGACGCUUCGCGUGUGGAAACCACAACAGGGCCAGCUAUAAACAGUCUCCUGGACAGCGUCGAGACGCCGUCGACGCGUCAAGCAUUGUGGCUACAGCCCUGCUCCUGGGGGCGCCUCGUAGUCAUGACGCGAGACCCCACCGCCACCGGUUCCGGAGACUCCAGCGCGACGACCGAGCUUGGAGAGCGCGACGAGGUCGUGAUUACCGUCGCCGAGCUCUCCGUGGACACUGCGGCGGCUGCGGCGCCGCGCACCCCGCCUGGACGCCCAAGUGCCGCGCGUGCGCCGACUCCUCCUCUUCGACGCUCGCGUCGGACCUGCGGCGCGCGUCUACCGCUUCCUCUGACCCGUCGACUUCCUCGGCGGCAUCCUUCGGCGCACCGCCACCGCCGAACCCCAUCUUCACGCGCGCCGCGGCGCCGCCCAUCGACGCAGCGGCGGCGCGCCGCGCGGCCGCUCUGAGAACGCGCGUCGAGAACGACGCCCUCGACGGCGAGGCGGCCUACCAGCUCGCGCUCAUGUAUACUAGUGGAAACGGCGUCGUGCGCGACGAGGCCGAGAGCCUUCGUUUGCUGCGCGGCGCGGCGGAGGUCGGCCACCGCGACGCCGCGGCUUUGUUGGGUGUGGCGCCCGUCGUGCAGGCCCCUGCGCCGCCGCCGCCGCCACGACGCGUCGUUGCGCCGAUCGGCUCGGCCUGGGCGGCGGCGCCGUCGCCGCCGCCGCCGCGCGGCCCGCCGAGCCCCGGCCGGGUGCUCCCCGGCCAGGGUCGAGGCUUCUUCUCGUUCGGCGGCGGCCUCUUCUCCCAGCGACCGCCGGCGCCGGGGCUGCUCGCCGAGCUCGGCGGCGAGCGGCUCGAGGACGUGUCGCCGCCGCUGGCGUCCUCGCCGCCUCUGCUGGCCCCGUCGUCCAUGCUGGCGCCGCCCCCAAUUCCUUCGCUCCCGCCUCCGGUGGUUCCACCGCCCAUGCCGGCGCCGCCGCCCGCGGCGCCGGCGCCGCCGCCCGCGCCGGCGAAGACGCGCGGCGUCGUGCGCUGGUACGCGGCGGACAAGGGCUACGGCUUCCUCUCGAGCGGGCCCGGGGCCGACGUCUUCGUGUUCCAAGACGACGUCACGGACCACGAGGCGCGCGGCCCGCUGAAGGAGGGCGAGGCCGUCACGUUUACCGUUUCGAUGUACCGGGGCAAACCCAAAGCUCUGGACGUCGAGCGCGACGUACCGGUACCGGCCGUCACCGUCGCGCCCCCGGCUCCUCCAGCGCCUCUGGCGCCUCCGGCCGCGCCGCGCCGCGUUGGUCGCGUGCGCUGGUUUGAUAUCGCUCGCAAAUAUGGUUUCAUCGUGCCGCUCGACGGUGCGCCCGACGUGUUCCUGCACUUGCGGGAUUUGGACCCAGGCGUCGCCGAAGCCCUCGAGGAGCUCGCCGUCGUCUCCUACGACGUCGUGCCCUACCGGGACAAGACCAAGGCCGUCCGCCUCCAGAUCGUCGACGCGGCGGCGUACGCGCAGCUCGUGCUCGAGAAUCAGGGGCGCACGCUCUCCGUUCAAGACGCGGCCGUCGAACUCGGUCGUCUACGCGCUAUCCCCCUCCCUCCGCGCGCCGGCGAGGAUCCGACCCGGGUAUAAAGUGUCCACAACAAUUAUUUACACGCCUAGCGCUGCCGACU